CUACGAAACUACGUCAGCAAAUUCAGCAAGUCGAAGAAUGCUAGAGAGGAAUUCGAGGUGCUCCCGGAAGCCAUUACCGGGACGCUGAUGCGCUUCCACGAUGAUAUGGUCUACCUGAAAUCCGUUCUCCCACGGAAACCAUCGCCAACUCUCGCACAGAAGGUUCGAUGGGCGUAUAACAGACAUAGGGUUGCCAGCGCGAUAAAAAGGCUGAACGACCGUAAGACUGACCUGAACAUUGCGCUAGCAAUCACUGGGCGGUAAGUAUAGUAUCCGCCUCAAGUUUAGGUUCCAAACAAGAGACCACUAAUUUCAGUCUCAGUCAGCAUGAUCUAAAUCUUCGACAAGAUACCGCAGAGUUGAGCGCAACUCUGGUGAGAACUAAAGAUAAGAUUAUGGGACAACAAGAGUUAUACCGGUCCGCGAUAUCCGGACAAACCGCAUCGAUAAACGAACAUGUCGGAAAAUACGAAAGAGACCAUGCUGAACUGGUUCACCAUGUACUGCAGGUGAAGAAUAGGGUCAAUGACGUGCAAGCGUCCUUAGAUCAACGGCACGCUUCUGCUCACGAGCCCACAGCGAGCGAUCAUGUCCGCGCUAGGGUCAUGAUGGCAAUCCAUGAAAACGAGAAUGCAUUUACCACCUCAGGCUUCGGGGUCCCUCACGAAGCAAGUCGGUCACCGCAAACCACGCAUGCCAUGCAAGCUGAUCUUCUGGAUAUCCGAUCAACCACUACCAUAUCUGCGUCUAGCACUGACGUACUGACGAAAAUUUUUCGCUCAGAGCUUCGCUCCAAUCUCAUGGCAAUUAUCGAGCAGACCUUUGAAAUCUGCGAGGCGCGUCGUGAAUCGAGGCUUUCUCGCAUAGAGGCUAUGGUGGAUCAAAUCAGUACCGAUCUUGGCGGCUAUAUCCUGGCUCUUCAUCAUUCAAGGGAGUCCGAAAGCAGUUCGAGAAAUAGUCCGCAAUUUCAUGGUCAGCAACUCGCUUCCAUGGUUCCAACGGACCCGGGUCUAUCGAAAUCAAGGAGAAAAGUCAAUGGGAAUUGUCCACUGGCACAGGUUGCCACUCCCGGUCGGCCAGUAGACAUGUUAACCACCUUGAGGCGCUCUUGGUUUACGAAAUGGCGAAUUGGUUCUGUCCAGAUUGAGAUCGAAAGCAGGAUCCAUCGAAAAUAUGGUUCCCCUAAAUGCGAUUCGUCAACUUCCAUAUACAUACAUUUCCGUCCAAGCCAAGCAUGGAUACGCCUACCUGGAUUGUCAAUCCUCUCGAGUGUGCCAUCCUAUCAGGGAGGAAUCCUCCAAUUUGCGCCUAUCAUUGCCACUUUCCCGAUCAUAUCAUGGCCACAUCCGGUUUUUGACGCCAUCACAGAAGGCAAUGUACAAGAAGUCCAGCGAUUGCUCGAGUCAGGUGUAAUACACCCGAGAUCUCAAAGCGAGGCUGGCGACACCCUACUACACAGGGCUGCCCUCUUUGCAAAGCCAGAGUUAUGCAAGCUACUGCUUGCGUACGGUCUCACUUGGGAUCAAACUGACCGGGUCGGAUACACGCCAGUACGCGCGGCGGCAUCUUCAAUCUUCCUCUCAAGCAGGCUACACUCUCCUUCCACAUUGCAGGAUGCCGACACAAUCCAGACGCUAGAACUCAUCGCAGAGUCUGGGGUUGACUUGGGCGAUGUUUGUGGCGACCUCCUCAGUACGACCCAACGAUUACGCCUGGAUGAGACGUGGAUUGGGCGAUGGCAAAGAUACUUCGAAUGCAUGAACUAUCUCAUCACACGGCAUUCUAUCGACGCAUGGCAGCUACACUUCACUUACUGGGAUAGUGUGUGGUGGCUACCGACGGAGAUCAACGUAGAAAACCUGAGCGGAGCUCUAGGAGCUGGUCUCGACCCGAACCUGUUGUUGCUAGGACCCAUGAGGCGACUUCUGGUCCAGGCAAUGUACGGAAUGCGCUGGCUAAAAGCCUAUAAGAAGAACGAGGACGAAAGAAGCCGCAUUUCUGAGAUCAAAAUCAAUGCAGAACGCACCCUAAGCGGACCGGAAGUAUCGGCUCCUUUGGCUCACCAGCUCGAAGAUCUCACCGUCCCUUGGUCCUUAGUUAAGCUCCUGAUAGCAGCUGGCGCGGACAUCUACUCGUUCAACCCAAAGUAUUUUGACAGAGCUCCCUCUUGGCAUUAUCUCUAUACCCCCUGUGGGUAUGCCUAUGUAUGGGGCAUCGAGAAAGAAUGGGAAACUGCACUCCGAGAGUGUGGACUUGACCCAGACGGAGUCUAUCGGGAAAACGUCCGGCGAUUGAGAGAGGCGCAUAGAUUACAUGGGGCUAAGCGAUCAGGUAUCGAUGAGAGUGUCCUGGAAUUGCCCUUUCCAGACGGGUUGCGCUGUCGGCCUUGCCAUCGAAAGAGGUGUCUUAGGAAACAUGGCUAUUGGCUAUUCGAGAGGCCACUGCAUGGCACCUAGGCCAAGCGACCGGGCCACGAUAUUCCACUCAUCCGGACCAUACCACGAGUCAUAAAACGAUGGGCACGAAGAGAUACGGAUUUCAAUCAUUCCGAUGAGAAGGCAGCCAGAGCAUACAGAGGUGUUGACUCCUUUUCUUGACUUUAAACAUCUACUCUGUACCGCGAACUAGCGUCCUCUCUCGUCCCUUGCCGCAGUCCGGGUAAUACUACCAGAAUGCCAGAGAGCCGACGGUGAUAUUCAU